GAAGGAAGUAGCGUGUGGAGGGCGUGGCGGUUUCUACGGUUGCACGGGGGUUCAGACGAGUACGGAGCGCCUGGAGGGACAGCCUGGAUAAAGGUUCGCUGAUGGCUCAGUUGGGAGCAGUUGUGGCUGUGGCUUCCAGUUUCUUUUGUGCAUCUCUCUUCUCAGCCGUGCACAAGAUAGAAGAGGGACAUAUUGGGGUGUAUUACAGGGGCGGAGCCCUCCUGACUUCCACCAGCGGCCCAGGUUUCCAUCUCAUGCUUCCUUUCAUCACAUCAUAUAAGUCUGUGCAGACCACACUGCAGACAGAUGAGGUGAAGAACGUGCCUUGCGGGACUAGUGGUGGUGUGAUGAUCUACUUUGACCGAAUUGAAGUGGUGAACUUCUUGGUCCCAAAUGCAGUGUAUGACAUCGUGAAGAACUACACUGCCGACUACGACAAGGCCCUCAUCUUCAACAAGAUCCAUCACGAGCUGAACCAGUUCUGCAGUGUGCAUACGCUUCAGGAGGUCUACAUCGAGCUCUUUGGUAAGAAAGCCUCUGCUGGCUGUAGCAUGCCUCAGCUGCUGUUUGGCCCACCGCCUACUGCUGAGCCACCUUCCUCAGAAGCUUUUUCCAUGGCGGCCCCACAGCUGCGUACCUUUUUUCCCUUCAGGGAAAGCGAGAAGACGAAGCUUCUCAUUGCAGCCCAGAAACAGAAGGUGGUGGAGAAGGAAGCUGAGACGGAGCGGAAGAAGGCCCUCAUCGAGGCAGAAAAAGUGGCCCAGGUCGCAGAAAUCACCUAUGGGCAGAAGGUGAUGGAGAAGGAGACGGAGAAGAAGAUUUCAGAAAUUGAAGAUGCUGCGUUUCUGGCCCGGGAGAAGGCAAAGGCUGAUGCAGAGUGCUACACCGCUAUGAAGCUCGCCGAAGCCAACAAGCUGAAGCUGACGCCUGAGUAUCUGCAGCUGAUGAAGUACAAAGCCAUUGCUUCCAACAGCAAGAUUUACUUUGGCAAAGACAUCCCGAACAUGUUCGUGGACUCUGCAGGCAAUCUGGGCAAGCAGUUCGAGGGGCUAGCUGACAAGCUGAGUUUCGAUGAUGAGCCCUUGGACGUAGACCCUGAGGAGAAUUGAAAGUUUUUUGUAUACAACCUCGGAUGACACUUAAAAGAGAUCUUUAUUUUUGAAUGAUGAACCGGGAUGCUCCUCCCUCCCACACUACCUGCUUUGACUCUCUUACACAUUAUGUGGUGAAAAAAGAAGAAAUGGAUUUAAAUCUAUUCCCCUUCCUGGGAAGGGAGGGCAGGGAUUGCUGAUUUGGGGUCUUAUUCAGGUAAGCAGUUUAGAUGACUUCUGUUAAGAUGGGCAAACCAUGGGUUUGACCUUUGACCUCCAGACACUAAUUUUAGCCCUUUGAAGCUGGCUUAAGUAGGGAUUCAAUCAUUACAGAGUGGGAGAAAUAGAGGGUGUUGCCUCCAGGUGAUUUGCUUUCCCCGAUUUGGGAAAACGCGGUUCAGUUUUCUCCCCUCUGCCUCCAAGGCGGGAGAUGCCUGUGGGUGAGGCUCAGCAACUGAGCAACUGUGUGCUUGUGAGUCUGCCCUCAGAGCUGCGGGGGAACAGCUGCAGAGAACGUUUGGCUUUGCUGGUAUUUUUGUCGGCAUAUGUGAGUCAUUUUAGAGGCACGCUUUCUCGAGCCCUCACAAGGAAGGACUGGUGCUAGGUUUUGCAAGCUCUUCUCUCCUACCCUCUUUGCCCCAGGGCUUAAAGAGAAUUGGUUUCUGACUAAAUUCCAGAGUCAGGGUUUGGGCACCACCCCACAAUUCUUUUUAAAACUUUUCACCUGUUCUGUGAUUUGUUUUUGUUUUUUUUUCCUCUCUCAAAUCUGUUCGUUGAUACCACUCAGCAUUAGGAAGAUAGGAACAAACAACCCUAGUGUCUUACUAGCUGCUGAAGGGGGAUCAUUCCGUCUCUCAGCCACCAUGGUACCUGCUUGGCAAACAACGUAUGUUCUCACUGUGGAGGUUCUGUGUUGAAGAGCUCUUCCAGGGGCUGAGGUCACCUGAAGUAUCUCCUAGUCUUAAGCUUAUAGCUUGUGCUGGCAGUCUGACAGUGAUAAAAAGGGAGCCCACUAAGUAGCACAUGUUUUGAAAUCUAGGGCGCCGACAGCCACACGGGGGUCAGACUGAAUGCUCUAUCUCCGGAGACAGCUGUGGGGUCCAUGUCAAGAGUUCGUGCCCAGGUCCCUGGAUUGGAAGGGCUGCAUCAAAAUGUUCAAAUGUUUUGGGUUUGGGUUUUUUGGGUUGUUUUUUUUUUUUCCAUUUCUAAUUAGGAAAAUUUUGUGUCAUUCUGGGAGAUUUGGGAUGGAGGAGAACAAACAUGAAAGAUUUUCUUAUAUCCUGAAAUUGGAGUUGGGGGGGUGGUAUCCAGCUUAUGUAGGCCAUGAGUUGUGUACCAAAUUGUUAGCUUAUCUCCAUCUAACUUGCAGGCAUGUUGGUAUUCUCCAUGACAAACUCUGGCUUAGGAUCUGCUUUGUUCUUAGCUGCCCUCCCCACCACCACCACCACCAAAGAAACUACCACUGUACCCCUUUUCCCUCAGUGAUACUAUGAAUGAUACUUUCUGGCACAGAUCCCCACCUCAUUUUUGGUCCCAUGCCCAGACUUCUGCUUUAUUGAAUGGCCCAGAAUUCGGGCCAGCUUGCUCCCAAGUAGCACCAGGCUUGUCUUGAGAGUUUGGGGAGCAUUCAGCACGCUUAGGUAGAAACAACAUGUUAACUCCUCUUAAUUCAAAUGUUGCCCUUCCCUGUUCUAAUUUCUGGGACUUAGAAUUCUCAAACCACUGGUCCUGGUCACACUUUGUGCAAGCAGCCAACCGUUCGUGGGAAUGAUGGAUUUUAAUGUGCUCAGAAGUGCUUGCAAAAGACAGUCUCCCAAGGCCAACAUAGGGUAUCCAUUAUUAAGAUAUACUUACCCUCCUCCCAUUUCAGUGCCAUUAAUCACUUGUUAGGAGCAACAUGACACAUGACCUCCAGCUUCCCCAGUUUACAUAUUUGUCUGCUCCCUCUACUCUGAGAUUUGCUGACUAGGCCUCAGAAAACACUACUUCAAUAGAAUAAAAAGCAAGAAUAUCUCCACCUCUGAAUAGCACGUUUGCUCAGGUUCCUCACUUGAAAGCCCAAUACUAACAUCCUGUGACGGCUUGUCCCUUGCACUAGAUACACUUUAACCACAAAAGAGCCUCAAUAAAGUAAAAUCCUGCUGCCCCUGCCUCCCUGAAUGCUAAUGUUGCUUCCUCUUUGAACAAAAAAUAUCAAUGUCAUAGUGCCCCUCAGUUUAAAUUCAGUGGUUGUCUGUACCUGCCUGAAGAGUAAAAUCAUGGAAGUCAGCAGUUUCCUCAGCAUGGGAUAACCAAUCUGUGUGACUCUGUGUCUUCAACACUCACUGGAAAAUCUGAUCUUAAAACAUUUGAAUUCUAAAUGUGUAAAAUGUGACAGCCUACACUUUUGUAGGCAGUAAAGUCAUGGCUGCUAUUUGUAAAUGGAACUUCUAUCAAAAUAAGUAACCGUUUAUAAAAUUCAGUUUUUUGUAGGAUUUUUCCAAGGAAAAGUCACCUUGGUUGAAUGUUUCUCAUUAAACUUUACAGAAGUGGUUCAUAUUCAGUACUGUUUUUAAUCACUUUUUUAAAUAUAAGGACAGAAUAUUUGCAAGGAAGCCAAAGUUUGUUAAUAAUUUUUAUAAGACUAAUAUAAAAUAAAUUUGAAGGGAUCUGUGGUCAUAUUAACUUGAAGGAGGAAAAAAAGAUAAUUGAAAGAAUUUUGGCAAUAUAUUGAUCAAAAAAAGUUGUUUUCUAAAUGAUCUGUUGUGAUUUCUAUGGGUCUAUGUAUCUUUCUGCACUGAUGACUUUGCCAUUUACAGAGUAAGUAGUGAAAGUAAGAUCGUCGUCUUUACUGACUUAUCAAUUUAAGUUUGAAGAUAAACCUCAGUCCUCAGUUGAGAAUAAACCUGUGUAUUGGCUAGUGA